CCAGGAUGCAAUUCGAACAUAAUAGGUCCUACUUAUUUGUAUCCCAAAAAGCUGCCGUAACAUACCGGUAAUAAUUAGACUGUUUAUCGUUACUCUGACGUUUUUGUAGUUAGUGUAUUUAAUGGGGUUUUAUUUGGCCACUCUGUUGUGGUAUUAGAGAGUCGUUUUUAUUUUACACUGAAUUACAGGUCUCAGCCUCAUUGAGGAUGUCGUACCCUCCGCCUCUUAACCACCAGCAGAUCGGCAUCUCGCAGCUGCCUCCGAGGAUUCCACCUCCACAAUAUGGGGGAUUUGCCCCAACAGUCCCACCAGGUACUCCCAUGAUCCCGGUUCAUAUGGGUGUAGUAACCCCCACACCUACAGUUCUAAUUCCCACCACAGCUGCUGUAACACAGAAGCCAGUGGUUCCAAAGAAGGAGCCGGGUGCUGUCAGAGUCAAGGAUACAGAUGAAAGUGGAGGCCCCACCACUACUGUAUUUGUAGGGAACAUCUCUGAAAAGGCAUCUGACAUGUUGGUCAGACAGCUUCUAGCGAAAUGUGGUAUAGUUCUCAGCUGGAAAAGGGUCCAAGGUGCCUCUGGAAAACUUCAAGCGUUUGGCUUUUGUGAAUAUAAGGAGCCUGAAUCAACACUGCGAGCCCUCAGACUCCUACACGAGUUGCUCUUAGGUGAUAAGAAGCUGUUGGUCAAGGUAGAUGCCAAGACCAAGGCCCAGUUAGAUGAGUGGAAGGCCAAGAAGAGGAGCGCUAAUGGUGGAGACAGUGGAGGGUCAAAGAAUGGGGACGAGGAGGAGGAGGAGGUUCUCGAUGAGGAAACUCUUCAUCGGGAUCAGGUUGUGAAGGGGGCAAUAGAAGUCCUCAUCCGAGAAUAUGCUACUGAGCUCAAUGCUCCCUCGCAGGACCCUGACAGUCAGCCUCGCAACAAGAAGCGGAAGGAGAAGAAAGAAGAGGAGGAUAUCAAUGCCAUGGAGAUGGAGGAUGACAAGAGAGACCUAAUUUCCAGAGAGAUCAGUAAAUUCCGGGACACACACAAGAAACUGGAAGAGGAAAAAGGAAAGAAAGAAAAGGAGCGACUGGAGCUGGAGAAGGAAAGGAGAGAGAGAGACAAAGAGAGGGAGCGUGAGAGGGAGCGACGCGACCGCGAGAAAGAAAAGGAAAGAGAGAGAGAGAGGGACAAGGAGCGCGAAAGAGACCGGGAUCGUGAGCGGGAGAGAGAACGCGAGCGAGAAAAGACGAAGGAGCGAGAAAGGGAACGGGACCGGGAAAGGAGUCGGGAUAUCAGUCAAGGUCGCAGUGCAUCGAGAGAGAGGACAAGAGAUGAAAAAAAGCGAGACCGUGAAGAAGAUGAAGAAGACGUCUAUGAACGGCGGAGGCUUGAGAGGAGGCUUCGAGACAAAGAGGCAGCUUACCAAGAACGUUUGAAAAACUGGGAGAUUCGCGAGAGGAAGAAGGCCCGUGACUACAGCAAAGAAACCGAAAGAGAAGAUGAGAGGCGUCGUGAAAUGAUGAAAGAAGCUAAAAGACUUAAAGAAUUCCUUGAGGAUUAUGAUGAUGAUCGAGACGACCCUAAAUAUUACAGGGGUAGCGCUUUGCAGAAGAGACUCCGCGACCGUGAAAAGGAGACAGAACUGGACGAGCGAGACCGGAAGAGGGAGAAGGAGGAGUUAGAGGAGAUCAGACAGAGGCUGCUUGCUGAGGGUCACCCUGACCCUGAUGCUGAGCUGCAGAGGCUGGAGGAGGAGGCUGAGCGCAGACGGCAUCCUCCUGUGAAUCUUGAACCCGAGGAGGAGGCUACCCAAGAGAAACCUCACAGGGAUCGGGAAAGAGAUCGAGAACGGGAAAGGGAACGAGAACGAGAACGGGAAAGGGAAAGGGAACGAGAACGAGAACGGGAAAGGGAACGAGAACGGGAAAGGGAUCGGGAAAGAGAUCGGGAACGAGAACGGGAAAGAGAACGAGAAAGAGAUCGGGAACGUGAACGAGAACGGGAUCGAGAGAAGAGAGGGUCAGGAAGGCUUGUGGAGCCGCCGCUUCGAGCACCUCAGCAGCAUUCAGAUGACGAUGUGGAGGAAGGAGAGGAGGAUGAAUUUCCUGAUGGCGAGGACUCGCAGGAAGCCAGGCCACAACCCAAACCCGUUAUGCGACCCAUCACCACAGCACCGUCGGUGUCCUCUGCCAGUGGGAACGUGACCCCAAACACACCUAUCAAUGAAUCGCCCUGUGGCAUCAUCAUUCCAGGAGAGAACACUCCUGAAGUCCAACCUCUAGAGGAACAUAGGCCUAAAAUUGGUCUCAGUCUCAAACUGGGUGCCACCAAUAGUCCCAGCCAGCUCGCUGCAAUAAAGCGCAAGAAACUGGCACCAGUGGAAAGUGUUUUCAACAAGUUUGAUGAUGAGGAGGCUGAUGAGCAGCCUCGUAAAAGGAAACUGGUUCCACUGGACUACGGUGAUGACGAUAAGAGUCUGGGACUGGACGGCGCUGAAAUUUCAGGGGCCAAGGGCAGCAUCAACACAGAAGAGAAACGCAAGCACAUAAAGAGCCUGAUUGAGAAGAUCCCCACUGCCAGGCCUGAGCUCUUCUCCUACCCACUGGACUGGACCAUGGUCGAUUCGAUUCUAAUGGAUCGUCGCAUUAGGCCUUGGAUCAAUAAGAAAAUCAUUGAAUAUAUUGGUGAGGAGGAACCUACCCUGGUUGAUUUUGUCUGCUCAAAGGUGAUGGCACACAGCACCCCUCAGGGUAUUCUUGAUGAUGUUGCUAUGGUUCUAGAUGAAGAAGCCGAGGUGUUCAUAGUAAAAAUGUGGAGGCUAUUGAUCUAUGAAACAGAAGCCAAGAAGAUCGGACUGGCGAAAUAAAGACCAUGUGUGUCAUGGACUGACAUCCUUCAUUCACAGCUCUGCUACAUGCAGUUUUGUGAUCUGGCAGACUGUAAAUGUGCCCAUGUACCCCUCCAUUCCUUCAACAAGGAGCUGCUGCCUUUAUGUGUGUGUAUGUUUCCAAGGGAAGAUCUGUGAACAGAAAGAAUUUGCACAGACAUAAUGCAUGAUAAAUUUUGAUUGUAUUGUUUUUGUUGUUUUCUUUUUGCUGUUGUUGAAGCACAGGGCAGAUUUGCAUUUUAACCAUCUGUUCUCCAUGACUUUGGUGUCACAUUCUGCUUUAAUUUACUGUUGUGAUGUUAAGGCACUGCUCCAUUGUGUGAACUAAUAAAUACACUUUUGUUUGAUUGUUUUUUUUUAGAAAAGAUUGUUUGUCUUUUUUGAUUGUGCUGUUUGUGUUUCAGGUGUUUCAUAAUUUGCAGAAUCCCUAAAAGUUCGAUGCCAUGAUCAAAACUUCCAUGCACAAAUGUGAUUAGUGUGGGCUAUUCUUUCAAAAUAAAACAUUCACUUACAAUUGAAA